GGACACAAAAAAAAUGUUGGAAUCUUUGUUGUGAAAUCCUCGGUACUGCGAAAAACCGGAUAAAACAUCCAAAUCUAGCGUUAUCUCCGGAAUACUAUGGCCAAGCGGUUGCUGUGCGAGCGAGAAGAAGUUGCUUUACGUUUCCAAGAUUACUGUUCCUCCGCCUGCGACCUUCCCGAGCUCGCGAGAGUGAUUCGCUUUUCCGAUCGUGAACUAGCACGCACCUUUGCCGGCUGAUUUCCCAGAGGAAGGAAAAGUAUACGAGUGCGAUGGAUUCGUCGACCGAUGCCGGAAAGGAGGACGAUGACGAGAGUUCCUCGGCGUCCUCCUCUUCCGUGUCGGAGUCCACCCCGCAGCGCACCGAGUUGGACGAGUUUCGGGAAAAGUGGCAGCAAGAAUUGAAGAAAGAGCAGCCACCCAAGCAGGUGGCCAAAGCAUCCAAACCAACUGCUUGCACCGUUCGGAACGCGGCUAUCGGAUCGGGGAACAAUAAGGAAAACGUGUCAGUUGAACAGCAGGCGCGCUCCCUGUUCCUGCAGGGUACGGAACUCGAGCGAAGCGGCAAAGUGUUCGAAGCUAUGAGGCUCUAUCGACGGGCCACGCAGCUCGUGCCGGACAUCGAGUUUAAGGUGUUUGAAAAGAAACCUAAGCAACCGCUAGCGGCUGAUGCAACUGAUGACGAUGGCAACAGCACGAUGGACGGGCUCGCGGAGCGCAUGGUCGAAGCAAACAUCGACGAAGAAGAGGAAGAUCUAGAGAACGUGGAUCUAGUACUCCGGUUUCAGACGCUCAUGGGACGAUCGGGCAAACUGUUUGAACGAGCCGCCAGCGACCGGAUGCUGAUCGUGACGGCGGCCCAUCUUUCCGAUCUACCGAUGGAGCUCAUACUAUACAUCCUGCGAUGGGUCGUGUCCAACGAACUGGAUAUGAAAUCUCUCGAACGAUUCGCUUCCGUCUGCCGUGGCUUUUUCCUGCUGGCACGAGAUCCGGAAAUCUGGCGUCAUGCGUGCAUGAGAGUUUGGGGUGUUAAUAUGGGCGUGUUGAAAGGCACACCAUUUAGCUCUUGGCGCGAGAUGUACAUCAAUCGGCCACGGGUACACUUUCACGGGUGUUACAUUAGCCGGGCAAGCUAUCUGCGGUCCGGCGAGAACAGCUUCCAGGAUCAAUUCUACCGUCCUAUCCAGCUGGUCGAGUACUACCGAUACGUGCGCUUCUUCGCCGAUGGCCAGGUGUUGAUGCUGACGACCGCCGAUGAGCCACAGCAAUGUGUCGCCAAGCUGAAGCAACGUUGGCCAGCACAAAAUGAAAUCCUUCGAGGACACUAUCGAUUGUUAAAUGAUGAAGUGAUCAUUGCUAUUCAGCGAAACCGUCCGCCCGUACAACGCGCAGGACGGAAGGGCCGUGAUCCUGAACCGGAGUACGGCCAGCAGACGUUCUUCGUGGAGCUACGCAUCGUAAGCACGAGCAAGCGACCGUUCAGUCAGCUGCACUGGAAGCAGUACUCCAUGGUUCAGGUGCGCAAUGAUCAAGAGAAAACGACCCAGUUCGAGCUCGUGCCGUCAAAGUAUCCACCGCUCUACUUUUCGCGCGUUAAGAACUAUCACCAGGAAUCGGAAGGACCACUGAAGUAGCUCGAAGCCGUAACCUGAUCCUGUCCACCCUUUGCUGAUUGCAAUUUGCCCAUUUUGCACAAUUAGCAUCCAGUUACUUAUUUUACUAAAACCAGACUCUGCUCUGUCGAUCGAAUGCGUGGCCUUCUGUGGUGUUGCCGAUUAUGCUAAUUCGAUCAAUAAAAUAUUACUGUUACACCAAUUGA